ACGGCGGAAAUGAUAGGCCCCGCCCCUUCAUUCGCCCAGCUAGCUGACGGGUCCCACUCAACACCGUUUUGCCACUAAAUUAAUCCUUAAAAAUAUCUCAACAAGAAGGACAUUAUGUCCGCAAACAACAUGUCAGGCCCACAAAGGGUAAACAAAAUUAUCCGAUACAAGCCCCCCAGCACAGAAGCAAACCCCACCCUGGAAGACCCGACUCCAGACUACAUGAACCUACUCGGCAUGAUCUUCAGCAUGUGUGGCCUGAUGCUGAAGUUAAAGUGGUGUGCGUGGAUAGCAGUGUACUGCUCCUUCAUCAGCUUCGCUAACUCACGCAGCUCCGAAGACACCAAACAGAUGAUGAGCAGCUUUAUGCUGUCCAUCUCAGCCGUGGUGAUGUCAUACCUCCAGAACCCCCAGCCCAUGUCGCCACCGUGGUAACCAAGGACCAAUGGCGGGGGGGCCUUGCAGGAGAGGGGCGGUUCCAGACUGAGAGUGGGAGACGGACUCCUGACUCGCCCACUGACCAUCUGGGAGAGAG